CAUGCUUUAACGUAGGCGCACUUCGAACGACGCCUACAAAAUGCGAAAAAACCUUAUAGUAUAUGGCCAGUGAUCCUAAUUCCUUAUAAUUUGCCGCCUGAGCUUUGUAUGAAGCAGCAUAAUAUGAUUCUUUCAAUGCUAAUUCUAGGUCCAAAAGGUCCCGGUGAUGCAAUUGACGUGUAUUUGCAGCCUCUUAUUGAGGAGCUGAAGGAGCUAUGGGAAAUUGGUGUUGAGACUUAUGAUGCAGCAUCACAACAUCAUUUCCAGCUCUGUGCAUGUUUGAUGUGGACUAUUAAUGAUUUUCCAGCAUAUGCAAUGCUUUCAGGAUGGAGUACUAAAGGGUAUUUGGCUUGUCCUUGUUGUUUAAAAGGUACUCGAUCAGAGAGGCUAUCUUACGGGGGUAAAGAAUGUUAUAUGGGCCAUCGAUGCUAUUUGCCAAAGAAUCAUAAAUGGCGAAAGGAUAAAGAUUCAUUCGAUGGAAAAGUUGAUCAUAGUCUACCUCCAGAGCCAUAUUCAAUUAAUGAUAUUCUUUAUCAACUUGAGGACUUGGAGAAAAUUAUUUUGUCUAAUGAUCCAAGCGUGAAGACAAAAAUAUCUCAUGACCUUAGGGGGGACAAUUGGAAUAAGAAAAGUAUUUUCUUUGAGCUUCCAUAUUGGAGGACACAUCUAUUACGACACAAUUUAGAUGUGAUGCAUAUCGAGAAGAACAUAUGUGAUAGUAUUCUUGGGACAAUUAUGAAUAUCAAAGGGAAGACCAAAGACAAUUUGAAAUCACGUCUUGACUUGGAAGAUAUGGGGUUGAGGUCUACGUUGCACCCAAUAAAAGAAGGGGACAAAUGGAAAAUUCCUCCUGCUCCAUAUACUUUUUCCCCAUCUGAAAUAAACAUUUUUGCAAUUUUUUGAUAGAGCUAAAAGUUCCUGAUGGUUUUUCAUCAAAUAUUUCUUAUUGUGUGAAUUCAAAGGAAUAAAAAAUUUCGGGAUUAAAGAGUCAUGACUGUCAUGUAAUACUCGAGCAUUUGCUUCCUGUAGCAAUACGUGGUCUUCUCACACCACUGGUACGUGAAGCACUAAUUGAGUUGUCCAUGUAUUUUACAUUAUUAUGUGCUAAAACACUUCAAGUUGAUGAAUUAGAGCAACUAGAGUCUCAAAUUCCUAUCACUCUCUGUAAAUUAGAGAAGGUUUUUCCUCCCUCCUUCUUUGAUGUGAUGAUGCAUUUACCUAUACAUUUAGCCAAUGAAGCAAAGAUUGGAGGGCCGGUUCAGUUUAGAUGGAUGUAUCCUAUUGAGCAAUAUAUGUAUAAGCUGAAUUCUUAUAUACGGAAUAGGGCCCAUCCAGAGGCUUCUAUCGCAGAAGGAUAUUUAGCAAAGGAGUGUAUGAAUCUUUGUUCAAGGUAUAUGCAUAAUGUAGAGACAAGAUUUAAUCGUCUUGAUCAAAAUUAUGAAAAUGUCGAAGGUCAUGUUGAUGCUCUGCCUAUUUUUAGUCAUCCUGGUCGAGCUUUAGGAGCUGCUACUGUUAGAGAUCUAGAGAAGAGUGAGCUUGAUGAAGCUCACAUUUAUAUUUUGAAGAAUUGUGAUGAGGUCCAACCUUUUCUUCAAGAGUAUGCUGAAGUUCAUGAAUCAACGGAUCAUAGAAUCACAAAAGAGGAAUGGUGUGAAAAUUUUAAAAUUUGGUUCAAGAAUAAAGUAAGAAAAUAUUCUUUUGAUUAA